AAAAAUUGUAUUGGGGAAAUAACUAUUAAAAAUAAAUAAAUAAAUAAAUUACCAAAUGUGACACAGAGAUGCAAAGUGAGCAGAUACUGUUGUUGGGAGCACCUCACACUUGUUCAACGCAGGGUUGCCACAGACCUUCAGUUUGGGAAAAAAAAAGAAAGUAAUUUCUGUGAAGCAUAAUAAAAUGUCAUAUGCUUAUAUGUGUAUUCAUUAAAAUCUGGGUGGAAACCAAUCUGAUUUAAGAAAGAAAACAUCACUGAAAAGAGUGGGCUUCUUGAUUUAAAAAUAUUGUUUAAUAUUUGUUUCUGUCCAUAUCGUGAUCUGUAUUGGGUGUGUCUGUUAAUUUCAAAGAAACAGGCUAUUUCUCUAUUUAGGAAGAAAGAGAAUGGAUAUGAGAUGAGGAGAAACAAACAAAACUCAGCUUUCCUGUCCAAAUUUAGAACAAGAGUAAAUCCUUCCUAUCCAUCACUGAUAGAUGUAGCCAGGAGAAGAUUUCCAGGUAGCAAUUAAAAAAAUUCUGGCAGAGAGAAGCCAUUAAAAGUCAACCAUCCCUUGCAUUUCCUUUCUCUGCCAUCUGCUCUUACCUGCUGACAUUUAUAAUCUCCAAAUUACUUGUGUGGUGUGCCGGAUGCGUUCCCUUUUGAAAGCUGGUGUUAGGACAACCCCAUGAAGGGCGGGGAGGGGAUGUGAGUGGGUGCUGGCCACACCUCACCCCACCACCUCUCCAGCUGGGUGUGUCUCGACUGAGCAGGUAUGUCCUCCACCUGCCCUGCUCCCCAACACCUGAGCCACUGCAUUCCACCAGACCAGGAAGCUUUCAGGAUGAUUAAGUGCUCAGAAUUUGAAAAGGGUAAAGCAAGAACUCAGGCUUCUCCUACUGGCUUUCCCCUUUCUCUGUGGGACAGGGACGGAGCUUACGUUUGCUCUCCUCCUGCUCACUUUGAAGCUCGGAGGCAGAUAAAAGUAUAAGCAUGGGAGUACCUUUGCUGAAGCAUUGCUCCUGCAAAAGUGGCUUGCAGUGAAAUGUAGGACAUUUGAUUAGUAUCCUACUGGUGCUUGGUAGAGUUUGAUAAUAUUUGUUUUUCUGCCCGGUUAUUUAGGACAUUAAAAAAAAGUUGCCGUGGGCCAACUUUUAUUUUCCAGGGUCUCUCUUCUCUGCUUCCUGGGCUUGUAAAAUGAAAGUGAUUCCAGAGGUAGAUUUAGACCUUUUAUUUCCUGGACUUUAUGUCCCAAGGGAGAUGAUCAGGUGCAGAGAAAGGCACACAGAGGAAUUAAUUUUACUUUAUUUUCAUUUUUAACUUGUUGUAAAUCCUGCCCUUUUGAUUUUAUGCUAAUUCUGCUUUGUUGCCACCUGUAUUGCCCUGCUUGCUGCUAAAUUGAAAUGCUUUGAAAUUGAUUUGGUAAUAACUAUUUAGAGUGUUUCAAAUCUGUGUUAAUAUUCAUUUUGCUACAUUGCCUGCAAUUUAAAAAAUCAUCCUUAAUUAUAGCAGCUUUUUUUUUAAUCUCUUGGGUGAAGGAGGAAAAUUUGCCUUUACAUAUAUAAUUUGGUAACGUACUUAAUGUGGGAGAAAAGUCCUUGGUGAUGAUGCAAGAAAGCAAAGCGCCUGCUAUACUUGUAUUCAGACCAUGGUUGGAUUCUUGAGGCUGUUCUGUGAAGCAUUUAUUGCCACCAGCUGUAUACCAGGAGCACAUUUGUUCAGUACUGGGACAAUAAAGAAUGGUUUCCUGCCCUUGGAGACUUUGGUGAGUUGUCAAUUGCUGAAAAAGCUUUAAAACAUGGCAGUGAUUGGCAUCUCUGAUGGCAGGAGUAUGCUGUAGGUGCAUAAUAAUACCAACCACUAAUAGUGCCUCGUGCUCUUUUCUGGAAGAGUCUGGAAUCUUGUGGAGUCAUUGGACUAAGAAGUUGCAGUGUCUAGCCUCCAGUGUACCAGUUAUGUGAAGCUUUACCAGUACACCGUGUUGUGUUCUGUUGCUAGAAAACUUCCCGUUGUGUAAGUUUGCAGGCUGUUCUCUGGAGGCUGCUACCUGCCCUGUCAGACUGAGUCUGGGCAGCAUGGCCCAGUGAGACUGAAGUUGGGCAGUGUGGGGAUGUGUGGGCGAGGCGAGGCUGAGGUUUGGGUGCUGUGGAUUGUCCUCCCCUCCCCCACCGCCCUGCCCCAGCUGCCCCUUCAGGUGUGACCACAUGGCUGUGGCUCAGGUCCCUGGCCUCGCUGCAUGUCAUAGCAGAGCAAGCCUUGCGCAAUGCAGUGAGCACUGAGCUGGAGAUUUAGGACAGAACUCUGUCACAAGCCGAAGCACAGAGCCCUUGUGCACAGCCAGAAGGAGCAGGGCACCCUGGCGGUUACACAGGGCUGGCCAGAGGAGCCUCGAGCUGCUGUCCAUUCGAAGUGGCAGGAGGAGAAGCCAAAAAGCUCGCUGGAACCGGAAGUAACUGAGGCCGCCCACCCUGUGUCCUGCCUUGAGUGCCUUUGCUGGAGCCGCUCCUCACUGGGCUGAGGGAGCCACAAUUACAAGUUCAUCCGAAAAUGAUGACCGGAGUGGCUCCAGUUUGGAAUGGAAUAAGGACGGAAGCCUAAGGUUAGGGGUACAAAAGGGAGUGCUGCAUGAUCGCAGGGCAGAUAAUUGCUCCCCAGUGGCAGAAGAGGAGCUCCCCGGGCCAGCGGAGAGCGUGCUGCCCAAAGCCGAAGCCUCAGUUGGAGAUGGUCCGGUCCCUUAUUCUCAGAGCUCCAGCUCGCUAAUAAUGCCACGGCCCAACUCAGUUGCAGCAACCAGCUCAACCAAGUUGGAAGAUCUGAGUUAUUUAGAUGGACAGAGAAAUGCUCCCCUUCGAACGUCAAUUAGGUUACCGUGGCACAAUACGGCAGGAGGUAGGGCACCGGAAGCUAAAGCACGAUUUGCUCCUUAUAAGCCACAGGACAUUUUGUUGAAACCCCUGUUGUUUGAAGUACCAAGCGUAACCACAGACUCUGUGUUUGUGGGAAGGGAUUGGCUGUUUCACCAGAUAGAAGAAAACUUGAGGAACACAGAACUGACAGAAAACAGAGGAGCAGUGGUUGUUGGAAACGUGGGCUUUGGGAAGACAGCGAUCAUUUCUAAGUUGGUGGCACUUAGCUGCCACGGAAGCCGCAUGAGGCAAAUUGCUUCCAACAGCCCUGGUUCAUCACCAAAAACUUCAGAUGCCUCCCAGGAUCUUCCUUUCACUCCAUUGCUUUCACCAAGUGCUUCUACAAGUGGUACCAAUGCGGCUAAAUCGCCCCCUGGGUCUGGUUCUGAUACUCCUGAGAACCAGAGACCAAGAGAAGAUGCAGUGAAAUACCUGGCUUCUAAGGUCGUGGCCUACCACUACUGCCAGGCCGACAACACCUACACGUGCCUGGUGCCUGAGUUCGUGCACAGCAUCGCAGCUCUGCUCUGCCGCUCCCAUCAGCUGGCUGCCUACCGGGACCUGCUGGUAAAGGAGCCCCAGCUCCAGAGCAUGCUGAGCCUCAGGUCCUGUGUGCAGGACCCAGUGGCCGCCUUCAAGAGGGGUGUGCUGGAACCACUCACAAGCUUGAGAAACGAGCAGAAAAUUCCUGAAGAAGAAUACAUUAUUUUGAUAGAUGGCUUAAAUGAAGCUGAGUUUCAUAAACCUGAUUAUGGAGAUACCCUUUCUUCAUUUAUCAGCAAGAUUAUUUCUAAAUUCCCUGCCUGGUUGAAGUUGAUUGUGACUGUAAGAGCAAAUUUUCAGGAAAUUGUCAGUGAGCUGCCAUUCGUCAAGCUGUCCUUAGAUGACUUUCCAGACAACAAGGACAUCCACAGCGACCUGCACGCCUACGUGCAGCACAGGGUACACAGCAGCCAGGACAUCCUCAGCAACAUCUCCCUGAACGGCAAGGCCGAUGCUGCCCUCAUUGGGAAAGUAAGCAGCCACCUGGUGCUGCGGAGCCUGGGCUCCUACCUGUACCUCAAGCUCACCUUGGACCUCUUCCAGAGGGGGCACCUGGUCAUCAAGAGCGCCAGCUACAAGGUGGUGCCUGUGUCACUGUCUGAACUCUACCUGCUUCAAUGCAACAUGAAGUUCAUGACCCAGUCCGCCUUUGAGAGAGCGCUUCCGAUUUUGAACGUGGCCCUCGCGUCCCUCCACCCCAUGACAGAUGAGCAGAUCUUCCAGGCAAUUAAUGCCGGCCACAUCCAAGGGGAGCAGGGCUGGGAGGACUUCCAGCAGAGGAUGGAUGCCCUCUCCUGUUUCCUCAUCAAGAGGCGAGACAAAACUCGCAUGUUCUGUCACCCAUCCUUCAGGGAGUGGCUUGUUUGGAGAGCAGAUGGCGAAAACACAGCCUUCCUGUGUGAGCCCAGGAAUGGGCACGCUCUCCUGGCCUUCAUGUUCUCUCGACAGGAGGGCAAGCUGAACCGCCAGCAGACCAUGGAGCUCGGCCACCACAUCCUGAAGGCACACAUUUUCAAGGGUCUCAGCAAGAAGACAGGAAUCUCUUCAAGCCACCUGCAAGCCCUGUGGAUCGGGUACAGCACCGAAGGGCUGUCUGCCGCCCUGGCGUCCCUCAGGAAUCUCUACACUCCCAACGUGAAGGUGAGCCGUCUCCUAAUUUUGGGAGGGGCCAACGUCAACUACAGGACUGAAGUGUUAAAUAACGCCCCAAUCCUGUGCGUCCAGUCUCACCUUGGCCACGAGGAGGUGGUCACUCUGCUCCUGGAGUUUGGCGCCUGCCUGGAUGGCACGUCGGAGAAUGGCAUGACUGCCCUCUGCUACGCAGCCGCUGCCGGCCACAUGAGGCUGGUGUGUCUCCUGGCCAAGAGGGGGGCAAGGGUGGACCACUUGGAUAAGAAAGGCCAAUGCGCACUGGUCCACAGCGCACUGAGGGGCCACGGUGACAUUCUCCGCUACCUGCUGACCUGUGAGUGGUCAGCCGGCCCGCCCCAGCCAGGCGCACUCAGGAAGAGCCAAGCCCUGCAGCAGGCGCUGACGGCUGCCGCCAGCAUGGGCCACAGCGCGGUGGUCCAGUGCUUGCUGGGACUGGAAAAAGAACACGAAAUAGACGUCAAUGGCACUGACACGCUGUGGGGAGAAACAGCCCUGACCGCCGCCGCAGGACGAGGCAAGCUGGAGGUCUGUGAGCUGCUGCUGGACCACGGAGCUGCUGUGUCUCGGACCAACAGGAGAGGGGUCCCACCGUUGUUCUGUGCAGCACGCCAGGGGCAUUGGCAGAUCGUGAGGUUGCUCUUGGACCGAGGCUGUGACGUGAACCUCGGUGACAAGCAGGGCCGGACGCCCCUCAUGGUGGCUGCUUGCGAAGGGCACCUGAGCACCGUGGAGUUUCUCCUUUCCAAAGGCGCCACCCUUUCUUCUCUGGACAAAGAGGGUCUGUCGGCAUUAAGCUGGGCUUGUCUGAAAGGCCACAGGGCAGUGGUCCAGUUCCUGGUUGAGGAAGGAGCCGAGAUUGACCAGACGGACAAGAAUGGCCGCAGCCCCCUGGACCUGGCUGCCUUCUAUGGCGACGCGGAGACCGUGCUGUAUCUGGUGGACAAGGGGGCCGUGAUCGAGCACGUGGACCACAGCGGCAUGCGGCCCUUGGACAGAGCCAUCGGUUGUCGGAACACGUCUGUAGUAGUUACGCUGCUGAGGAAAGGAGCCAAGUUAGGAAAUGCUGCUUGGGCGAUGGCUACUUCCAAACCUGAUAUUUUGAUUAUACUUUUACAGAAAUUGAUGGAGGAAGGAAACAUGAUGUACAAAAAAGGGAAGAUGAAAGAGGCCGCCCAGAGGUACCAGUAUGCCUUAAGGAAGUUUCCCCGAGAAGGAUUCGGAGAGGACAUGAGACCGUUCAAUGAACUAAGAGUUUCCCUCUAUCUCAAUCUGUCUCGCUGCCGAAGGAAAACAAAUGACUUCGGCAUGGCGGAAGAAUUUGCUUCCAAGGCUCUCGAAUUGAAACCAAAGUCCUACGAAGCCUUUUAUGCCAGGGCGAGAGCAAAGAGGAGUAGCAGGCAGUUUGUAGCCGCCCUGGCUGACUUGCGAGAAGCUGUGAAACUCUGCCCCACCAACCAGGAGAUCAGGAGACUCCUGGCCCGCGUAGAGGAGGAAUGCAAGCAGCUCCAGAGGAGUCAGCAGCAAAAGCAGCAGGGCCCGCAGCCAGCUCCGCCCACCGACUCGGACAAUGAAGAGGACACCCCAGCCCCCGGCCUGAGCGACCCCCUGCAUCUUGAGGAGGCUGAAGAGGAAGAAACUUCCCCGCAGGAAGAAUCCGUUCCCCUGGCUCCAAGGUCCCAGCCGUCCUCAUCUGCCCCCUCCCCUUAUAUCCGAAACCUUCAAGAAGGGCUACAGUCCAAAAUCAGGCCAGCAUCGCCACAGAAUCGGCCCGGAAUCUGCAAGCCCCCCAGGGAGCCGGUGGCUCAGCCGGGGCUGACUGUACAGCCCAGCAGGCAGGCUCAGAUCGUGAAAACCAGCCAGCACCUGGGAUCUGGACCAUUAAGCAUGAGAAAUGGCAGCUCGAAAAUGCCGGUCCCCUCUCAGAAUCCUCCCCCGAGUCCCAUGCCAGGUAGGCUCCCUGGUAGCAGAAACCAGCAUCUGGAGGGAGCAGGUCCCUUCACUGUGGGAGCUGCUUCUAGCCACUUUGGAGAUCGGCCAGGGCCCAGCCACAGCGUCCAGCAACAAGCCAGUGAGAGUGACGCCACAUGCCCUUUACCAAGCAAGAUAAAAACUGCAGACAGGCUUCUGCCUCACGCUGCUGUGGCUGUGGAUGUGGCCCCUCUAAACCCAGGAGGGCACGUGAGCUGCAGCGACGUGCGUCACCCAGCCUCCCUCACCAGCUCAGGCUCUUCCGGUUCCCCGUCAAGCAGCAUCAAGAUGUCAAGUUCAACCAGUAGUUUGGCUUCAAGCAGCAGUUUUUCAGAUGGCUUCAAGGUCCCAGGGCCAGAUGCUCGAAUUAAAGACAAGGUUGGGAACCAGAUUCCGAGCGGCACAGCCGAGCACAGACCACGCAACACUCCGUUCAUGGGCAUCAUGGAUAAGACCGCGAGGUUCCAGCAGCAGGGCCAUCCUCCUAGCCGCGCCUGGCACUGUGCAGUGCCAGAAGGGCUGCUGACAAACUCACCUUCUGCAGCUGGCCUGCAGUCCUCGAACACAGAGAAGCCCUCUCUUAAACAAGCAGGAGGAUACAGUAGCCAAGCCAAAACCUGUUCUGUUUCUACCCUGGCUGCAGGUGUCCACAAUGGGGCACAGGCAAAGGAGCUAGAAGAAAAGAAGUGCCAAAUUCCUGUCCACUGUCAAGACAGCAGGAUAACUAAGACUGUUUCUCAUCUGUAUCAGGAAAGUAUCUCCAAACAGCAGCCUCAUAUCAGCAAUGAAGCCCACAGGAGUCACCUCCCUUCAGGAAAACCAAAGCGAUCAUUUAUAGAAUCAAAUGUGUGAGCCUUAAGAGAGACCCAUUUGUAGUAUUUGGGAAAACAGUGUGUUGGCUUCUGGUGGUGAUUAAAUGAUUGUUCAUGAGGAAAAUUACUUUUUAGCUAUGUAUUUUUCCCCCCAGGGGUGGAUCAGAUGCCAGUGAUAUAUUAAAAACGUGGGAUUAAAUUUCUUUGAUAAAUAGAUAGAUGUCACCAGAAAUAAGAAUGCUAACCAGAAUUGGAAACCAGAGUAAUGUCUAUUAUGUUAAAAACCUAACACAGCCAAGAAGACAUUAACCCAUGCUUUUCUCUUAUGAAAUUGUUUGGUUUUUAUCAUUUUUCUCCUAGCCUUUGCUAUGUGGUAAGAUCAUAUUAUUUCUUAGAGAAUGUAAAUGUCUAGUGAUAGGUUUAACUCAUGCUAUAAUAUCCAGGUGUUGUGUUAUAGAAAACAUGGAAUUUUUUUCUUUUUUUUUUUUCCAGGGCCGCAGGUGCAGCCUAUAGAAGUUACCAGGGUAGGGGUCGAAUUGGAGCUAUAGCUGCCAGCCAUGCCAUGCUGGAUCCUUACCCCACUGAGCGACGCUAGGGACUGAACCCACAUCCUCAAGGAUACGAGUUGGGUGUGUUUCCACUGAGCCACAAUGGGAACUUCCAAAGAUGGAAUUUUCAAGUUACACUUCCAUUGAGGAGUCACAUCACUCCCCCCCCUCCCCUGCAAGCCGUAAAUGUUACAUAGCUUGUUUGUUUUUCAAGCAAAAUAUGAGAACAUCCAAGUAUUGUUCCCUUCAUAGCUUAUGUUUAACUUCUGUUAUGGUUUUCAUUAAAAAUAUUUUAACAGCCCCUCUUGGAACUAUAUUCCUACUUCAAGGUGUUCUUAAUAUUUGGAAACAGUACAAACCGUUUGGAAUCAUGACGGGUGGUUAAGUUGAAUUUAGACUUAAAUACUAGGAAUAUAGCAUUCUCGGUGACAUGUAAAUUAGCUCUCAACUGGUUCCCAAACUGCUUUUAUCAAUGAUGGCACUCCUGGACCAAGCCUUCCAAGGUCCUUUAAGGACAGUAUUUAAUUUGGAUACUUAGGGUGUGGUCAGUUGUUGCUUUUGUUCUAUUAUACAAUUAUUAUAGUCACAUGUUGUACAUAGGAAAUAGCCAAGUUGUAUUCAGACUUGUAAAUAUAACUAUUUCAAAAAGUUAAUCUUUUAAAAAAAAGUCAUAUUUGCAUGUUCUUUUAAGCUUUGUCCAUGCUGGUUAUUGCACUGAAUGAUAUAUUAUGGCAUGUUAACAGUAUACCGGUAACAGCACUUUAUCUCACUUAUAUGAACACCUUUGAGGUGCUACUUAAGUCUAAAUUGAUGCAUUAUUCAUAUGUAAAGAUAAGGUACAGGAAUGAACCUUGAUUUAAAGGUAUUUUUAUAUGAAAAUGGUGUGCUAUUGGAGGAUGUUAAAAUGCUAGUUUGAGAGAAGUGGGAGUGUAUUUGAAUGUUGGGGGUGUGAAAUUUAUUUUCUAGAAUUGGGGAGAAGGAAGUUCUAUAUUUGCAGAAUGUUUAAAAAUUGAGUAGUUGUAAUGAUUCCUGUGAGCAUCGUUAUGGUUUUGUACCAAUAGGAAUCAGUUGGUUUCAUUCUUCAAUACUUGUUCCCAAGUGUGUACAGUGUACUUUGUACAGCUUUAUCAUUUUUUAGAGGCUUUUCAUGAGUUCUGCUAUAACUACAAUGGCUUAUUUAUUGUUUAUUGUUUCCUUUAAUAUUUGUGGAAGUCUUAUUCCUUUGUUAUGUAGUUUUGUUUCUGCACAACUACUGUACUUUUCCAUAUGGAAUAAAGAACAAUUAAUAGAAAUUGUUUUGCAUUAAAUGAAACAAUGGAUAAGUAGAGAAUAUCCUGAUAUCAGCUAUAUGCCUUGCUUUAAUCCUGGGUAAUUUCGUUACCCUAAAGAAACAGAAAGCCUGUUUUUACGUUAAUACUACCAAAUGCAUAUUUAAUUUUACUUUAAUAAUUUCAGCACAAGGUUGAUGACUUCUGGAAAUCCCAAAAGAGUUAAGGGUCUGAAAUGAGAAGAGUGCAUGAGAACAUUCCAGAUGUCUCCGUUCCAGAAAUCCUGGUGUCUGUUUUUACUGUUAACAGGGUUAUCAUAUUAUCUUUCAGUUAAAAGUGUAUAUAUACUUGCUUUAUGCCCACAUAUUUCAGUUUCAAAGAAGUAUGAAUGAGCACAAACAUUAAACUGUUGUGAUAAAAA